GGCGAGGGCGAAUUUUAGUAAAGUCCAUUACGAAAGGGGUUAAUUCUGGAACGCGGUAAAUAAUUUUUUAGCCGCCGAUAACUCCCCCCUCUCAACUUCUCCGUACUCUCGAUCAGUUCCAUCUCUGCCACUUCCUCGCUUAAACCCUAAAAACUCGAUUUUACCCACAGCUUCGUGAUCCGACCACUCCGGUUUCUUACCCGCUACCAUACUGGGUUUGGCGCCACCAAUUUUCCCACCGCAACUUCAAACAACAGCCGUAACUUUGGGUCUCUAUUUCUUGCUUUUGGUGGGCUUCAACUGGAAGUUGGCUUAGCUGAUCUGUUGGUAUUGUGAUCUCUAGUUACCUUUUUUCAAUGCUCAAAGAUUGAAACUUGGUUAUGCUCUAAAAUGGAAAAUCUGUCUCAGUCCUCAGGUGGACAGUUUCGGCCAGUUAUCCCAGCACAACAAGGCCAGACGUUCAUUUCAUCAUCUGCCCAACAGUUCCAGUUAGCAGGGCAGAAUAUAUCUUCUUCAAAUGUUGGAGGGCCAGCUGGUCAAAUCCAGCAACAUCAAUAUCCUCAAUCAAUACCGCAGUUAGUUCCAAGGCCUGGCCAUCCUACCUACAUCGCUUCUUCAUCCCAGCCUAUACAAAUGCCUUAUGUUCAGACAAGGCCUCUUACUUCUGUCCCACCUCAGUCCCAGCAAAAUGUGCCUGCACCAAAUAAUCAUAUGCAUGGCUUGGGUGCUCAUGGACUACCUCUUUCUUCACCAUAUACCUUCCAGUCAAUGUCACAAAUGCAUGCACCCGUUGGAGUUGGUAAUAGCCAACCUUGGCUGUCUUCUGUAAGCCAAACUACAAACACCGUCUCACCGAUCGAGCAAGCUAAUCAGAACUCUUCAGUUUCUGCCACAAACCCUCAGUCUUCAUCUGAUUGGCAAGAGCAUUCAUCAGCUGAUGGAAGAAGGUAUUAUUACAACAAAAAAACCAAACAGUCCAGUUGGGAGAAGCCAUUGGAACUUAUGACACCACUUGAGAGGGCUGAUGCAUCAACUGUGUGGAAGGAAUUUACUGCUCCAGAUGGAAGAAAGUACUAUUACAAUAAGGUGACGAAAGAAUCAAAGUGGACCAUUCCAGAAGAACUGAAGUUGGCUCGUGAGCAGGCUCAGAAAGAAGCUGCCCAAGGAACACAAACAGAUAUAGCUGCUACAACACCUCAACCUACACCUGCUGUUGGUCUCUCCCAUACUGAAACACCAGCAAUUUCAUCUGUUAACUCCAGCAUUUCUCCAACGGUAUCUGGGGUUGCAUCGAGUCCAGUUCCAGUCACUCCUUUUGUUUCCGUAUCCAAUUCUCCUUCAGUGGUGGCUUCUGGGUCAUUGACCAAUACUGGCACUCCCAUUGCUUUAACAACUAGUGUGCCAGGAACAGUUUCUUCUCAAUCUGUCGCUGCUGCUGGAGGUACCGGUCCUCCUGCUGUGCUCCAUGCCAAUGCUUCGUCAGUGACUCCUUUCGAAAGCCUUGCAUCUCAUGAUGUCAAAAAUUCUGUUGACGGAACUUCUACAGAAGACAUCGAGGAAGCAAGGAAGGGAAUGGCAGUUGCAGGAAAAGUUAAUGAGACCGUUUUAGAGGAAAAAUCUGCUGAUGAUGAACCUUUAAUAUUUGCCAACAAACUGGAGGCAAAGAAUGCAUUCAAAGCGCUUCUGGAAUCUGUCAACGUAAAAUCGGAUUGGACGUGGGAGCAGGCUAUGCGAGAAAUAAUUAAUGACAAAAGAUAUGGUGCCUUGAAAACUCUUGGUGAACGGAAGCAAGCAUUCCAUGAGUAUUUAGGACACAGGAAAAAAUUGGAUGCGGAGGAAAGACGUAUAAAACAGAAAAAAGCUCGUGAGGAGUUCACCAAGAUGUUGGAAGAGUCCAAGGAACUCACAUCAUCUACCAGAUGGAGCAAAGCUGUUAGUAUGUUUGAGAAUGAUGAACGGUUCAAAGCUGUUGAACGUUCUAGAGACCGGGAGGAUCUUUUUGAAAGCUACAUAGUGGAACUUGAGAGGAAGGAAAAAGAAAGGGCUGCAGAGGAGCACAAGAAAAAUAUUGCUGAAUAUAGGAACUUCCUUGAGUCAUGUGAUUAUAUAAAGGUGAACAGCCAGUGGCGUAAAGUACAAGAUCGAUUGGAAGACGAUGAAAGAUGCUCACGUCUUGAGAAACUUGAUCGCUUGCUUAUUUUCCAGGACUAUAUACGUGACUUGGAAAAGGAGGAAGAGGAGCAGAAAAAGAUACAAAAGGAACGUGUGAGACGAAUUGAAAGAAAAAACCGCGACGAAUUUCGCAAACUCUUGGAUGAACAAAUUACUGCUGGUAUUCUUACAGCUAAGACUUUCUGGCGUGAUUACUGUUUGAAGGUCAAGGAGUUGCCUCAGUAUCAAGCCGUUGCUUCUAAUAUAUCUGGCUCAACACCAAAGGACUUGUUUGAGGAUGUUCUGGAGGAAUUAGAGAAUAAGUAUCAUGAAGAAAAAGCUCAGAUAAAAGAUGUGAUGAAGGCAGAGAAGAUUACCAUCACUUCAUCAUGGACGUUUGAUGACUUUAAGGCUGCCAUUGAAGAGGGUGGUUCUCUUGCAGUUUCAGAUAUAAAUUUUAAGCUUGUAUACGAGGACUUACUAGAAAGAGCCAAAGAAAAGGAGGAGAAAGAAGCCAAAAGGCGUCAACGUCUGGCUGAUGACUUCUCAGGACUUCUCCAUACAUUCAAGGAGAUUACGAAUUCUUCCAUCUGGGAGGAUAGCAAACAUCUUUUUGAAGAGAGUGAAGAAUAUAGAUCAAUUGGGGAAGAGAGCUUUGCGAAGGAAGUUUUUGAGGAAUACAUCAUUCAUUUACAAGAAAAGGCAAAAGAAAAGGAACGCAAGCGUGAGGAGGAGAAGGCUAAGAAGGAAAAAGAACGUGAGGAAAAAGAGAAGCGGAAGGAGAAAGAGCGAAAGGAGAAGGAAAGAGAACGUGAAAAGGAAAAGGGCCGGGUUAAGAAGGAUGAAACAGAUAGUGAAAAUGUGGAUGCAAGCGAAACUCAUGUCUACAGAGAAGACAAGAAAAGGGAGAAGGACAAAGAUAGGAAACAUCGUAAGCGACAUCAUAGUGCCACUGAUGAUGGUGGUUCUGAUAAAGAUGAGAGAGAGGAGUCUAAGAAGUCCCGCAAACACGGUAGUGACCGAAAGAAAUCAAGGAAGCACGCAUAUUCACCUGAAUCAGACAGUGAGAGUAGGCACAGAAGGCACAAGAGAGAUCAUCGAGAUGGUUCCCGUAGAAAUCACGACGAACUAGAAGACGGGGAGCUUGGCGAGGAUGGGGAAAUUCAAUAGAUGUUUGCUCUCGGUUCUGGGAUUUCGCUCCUACGAUUUGGAGGGGCCAGACGUUCCACCAGCAUUAUCAAUGUGAUUCUAAGGGCCAGUGAGAUAGCAAACUUCUGGAAAGGAUUCUUUUGACGAGGAGAUGAAGGGUGAGGCAGUACAUCCUUCUUCAAUUAUCUGUUAGUGGAUAUAUACUUCUGUAGUGUUCCUUAUAGGAGUUAGUGGCGUAUGUGAACCAGCCCAUUUGAUUGGAAGCCGUUUUAAUUAUUUUGCGAGGUGGUUUUGUAAGUCGUGACUACCCUCAACAUCCUUUUGUAUUUCUGUCCAUACGCUGCUGCUGCUGCUGCUGCUUAUCUGCGGUUCUUUUUACUGACAGAAGUUUGAUUAUUGAGAUUAUCUUAAAAGCUCUGAUUUUACAGCAUAAAUCGGAACCAGAAUGAAAACAAUAGGAAGAGUUCACAGCA